ACAAAGAUUUUGACUUGUACGGAUAUAAAUGGCAUUAAUUCCUUCGAUUUUUUACGAGGCUGAUACAUGUUAUUUAAUAUAUUUCUUUAGUUUUAAUUUUAUGGCAAAUAAAUGUUUAUACUAGGCUAACGUUAUAGGUCCUUAAUAAAAAUAUAAAAUUUCAAAUAUAUAACGAAGGAAAGUCCAAAAAGAUAUUGUACAUGUAUCGGUACUGUAAAUAAAGUAUAGGUAAACAAUACAUGUAUAUUAAAUGGCAUCAGUACAUAUUAUGUCGAUGUUGAUAAUAAAUUAAUCUACUUAUUUUUUAUACGUAAGAAUCUGAAACCAAUUCGUGAUUAGAACUAAGCAUACUCGUAUACUUUGAUUUUAAGAAUAACAUAUAUAUAUCUUUCAGUGUGAAUGUAAAUGCCAAUCAAAAUUGGAUUAAAUAAUUGCAAAUUGUAAGAUUCGAAGAGCGACAACUCGAAUGAAUUAAUAUCUUGAACGCUGAAAUCGUCCCGCAAAGGCUCCGCAAGGUGCCCUAGCAACUAACGUCAUCGCACGCGGCUCAUCUCCAAGGAUGCAGACGAACGCCAUGUUUACAAACAACGGUCCUCUGAAACUGAAAAUCUGAAAAGAACAGAUAUAAUGCCAAAAUGUUUAUUGCAUUCAGUUCGAAACUACAAGUCUCGAAAGUACUCGAGACAUUCAGAGUUCGACCCGAAUGUAAUGACUACUCGAUCUGGCCUGGCUAUUAGGAAGGUCUCGGUCACCCCAGUGUUCGCCGGAGCCGCGAAGUACAGCUACAUGGAAGAAACGGUCGCACGACGCCAGAAACCUAACUACAAGACGCCCUCUACACAGAAACGCAAAUCUAUGAACCAUCUCCCGUUUGUCACUAGAUUUUACCUUGGAUUAAAGAUUCCGGACUUGGAUCUCUGCGGAAACGAUUCCAAAGAUUUCGAUUCUAGAGAUGACGACACUACGCAGACGUCUACAAGUCCUACAAGCAAACCGGGAUCCGAUCGCCUGCUUCUAGGGGACAGUGACGAUGAAGUUUUCGAUUCCAGCACAGACGAUGAAUUUUGUGACAGUAUUAUUGCUAAGAGUCGAGACUACGAAUACCAGAGGAUGGAGCUGGAAGAGACUGAAACAAAAACAGAGGCGCCCAGAAAUAUUGCUGAUGCAUUACCGAAUCUAAAGCCAGUAAUAAAGAUUCCGGAUACGAAGCACAGUGUCCACGAAACGUUAGUGGAGAGUUUGGCCGAUAGUCUGGAGAAUUUUAGAUACCCGUCUCCAACUCAGUCCGUGACCGCGGGGAUAUCUGAGCUGAGUCUGUCUGGUCCUGUCACAAUCAUGUCGACAAACCCCACGCCAACCCUAACGGCCUUCACUGCCCCCACCGUCACCACUAUACGGUCAGGGGUCAUCUUUCAGGCCAAACCCGCGUUUACUGAUUUACCGCCUUUUAAGUGCGAGGUGUGCGAGAAGGAAUUCUACGUUUCAGCAAACUACACCACUCACCUUCGAACUCACGACACCCAGACAAAGAACAAAUGUGACGUCUGUGGAAAAGUGUUCACGCGCUCCUGGCUACUUAAAGGCCACAUGCGUACGCAUACCGGGGAACGUCCGUUUGUCUGCCCGCAUAAAGAUUGCGACAAAGCAUUCGCAGACAAAAGUAACCUGCGGUCACACAUGCUUAUUCACUCUGUCACAAGCAAAAACUUCUCUUGUCAGAAAUGUGGUCGCUCCUUUGCCCAGAAAAGAUAUCUGCAUAAGCAUUUACUGGAGGUGUGUCGGGUAAUUCAGUGAUUAAUACACGACUGAACUAAGACUGGCCUGGCAAUAUGGGAAGAAAUUUAACUGUUCAUUUCCUGUACUCAUAUUAUGCAUGUUCUUCAAUUUUAAAAAUAUAUACGGUAAUAUAACAUAUCGUACUUGUUGCAUUGAGAUUCGUUAAUGUGAUCGUUUUUUGUUUCCUUCUAUGUCGGGUAUAUACCAUUCAUGUAAUUAUACAUUGUUUGGGACCAAAAUGCGUAACUCAUUGUGUAUGGUUUAUAUAUUUUUCUUAUCAAGAUUGAAAAUAUAACAAUCAUUAUUUAUUCCAUUCAUCAAAAUUUAAUUUCGAUCAACAAUAUUAUUAAAGGCUACUAAAUAAAUACUUUU